AUGGCCGUAGUUGUAGACUUUUUUAUACUCACUGUUCAAGUAUUUGGACACAUCCUCCAUGCCUUGAUUCAGUGGGUCAAGAAGCCCAGAGAAAAACUGGUCAGAAACAACAUCUGCUUGAUCACAGGCGCUGCUAGUGCAAAUGGAAUUGGUCGGCUUUUUGCACUGGAAUUUGCCCGACGGGGAGCUAUACUUGUCUUGUGGGAUGUAGAUGCUGAGGGCAAUGAAAGCACAGCUCAGGAGGUGCGCAAGCUGGGAGCCAAGGCUUACACUUACACCUGUGAUGUGAGCCGGAAAGAAGUGGUCUAUGGUGCUGCUGAUUGUGUGAGAAGGGAGGUGGGUCAUGUCUCCAUUUUGGUCAACAAUGCUGGCAUUGUAAGUGGAAAAUCCAUCUUACAGUGCCCUGAUGAACAGCUGGAAAGAACUAUGAGGACCAAUUGUCACGCUCACUUUUGGACUGUCAAGGCUUUCCUUCCACAAAUGAUUAAGAGAGGACACGGGCACAUUGUGACAAUUGCUGGAUCACUUGGACUUUUUGCAACAGGUUAUCUGGAGGAUUACUGUGCUAGCCAGUUUGCUGUUGUAGGAUUCCAUGAAGCUCUUAGUCAUGAACUGAAAGUCAAGAGGAUUGACAGUGUGAAGACCACUCUUGUGUGUCCUUACUUCAUUGACACUGGCAUGUUUCAUGGCUGUGGGAUCAGACAAGAAUUGGAAGGCCUACUUUCUCCUCUAAAGCCAGACCAUUUUGUGAAAACAGCAGUGCAAGGAAUACUUCGUAAUCAGCACAUGAUUUGUAUACCCAGAGUGAUAUAUUUUGUAGCCAUUUCAAAAAACCUCCUGCCAUGGGAUGUUCAAGUUCUCAUUCAAAACUUCCUAGGACUGGACAAGUGUAUUCCACAAAAAGCAACCUAUCAUCAUUCAGCAGCAAGAAGAUGCUAAUGUUACCUUUUUACAGAACAUGUGGAGCAAAACAUCUAAAAAAAUUCUAGUUCUAACCCAAGAAAAAAGAACAGCUGGAUAAAAUCCAAGUUGGCAGGAUGCGGUACACAUAUAGGCCUUUUCUGAUUUUGCUUGAACGGGUUUGCCUGCGAUGCAUCUUUGAGAGCCUUGCCGGUCCAAAAGUAUGGUGGGAAAUUCCUUUCAGCAUCUAUACAUAUUACGAGACUUCUAGGAAUCUAGAAUGGUGAUGCUACGUCGUAUAGAAUAACAAUAAAAUAAUAUAGGUGAGAAAAAUUACUAUCCACAUUAUAUGUUAUUCUUAUUAGGGAGUGUUAUGUUUGAUCAUUGUAUUAUACCUGUCAUUGCCCAGUUCUUCCCGAAAAGCUGGUUUGCCCAUUUUCCUAUUGUAUACUUCAUAAAAGAGGACUGUAGCUUCUUAUCACCAAGGAGAUAAUUGAAUUCAGCUGAAUUGAUGCCAGCACUGCAAGUGGCCUGUUAUAAUGGAUUAGAUGUACAUAUUGUGCACUGUAUUUCUUCCACUGAUAAUGACUGCUUUCCAGAUGGCCACUUUAACUGGCGGAGGUGGGGGGAUGCUGGCACAACAAGCAGCAAUAGGUAUUAUUUUAUCUACCUUCUUCAGAACUGCCACGUAGGAAUUAUUUUAUCUGCCUUCUUCAGAACUGCCUUGUUUUAAAUAGUCAUAAAUAGUCACUGAGUGAAGGAGCAAUUCAGAAAUCCAUUAAACAACAGGAAGGAGGAUUCAACAUAUAGUUGCUAGGCUUGAUUUGAGUACUUGAACUGAUAGCAGAUCCCAUCAGCUGAUUUCCCCACAAAGCACCCGCCAAUGUUCUUCCUGCACCCAACUCUGGACUCUGUCCCAUGCAAUUCUUCUCUAGAAGUUGUUUCCCAGCCUCUUAAUGGAUCACUUUUACUUUAGCACAGGCAUGUAGCUGCUAAGCUGUUAUGUUGCCCAUCCUAAUACAGAGAAUUUUCUGCAGUGAACCAUAAUCUGAUAUAUUAUGUCUUUUUGCUAAAAUUAGCACACAUGAGUUUU